AUGGAGGCCAAAUUAUUGAUAAAAGGAAAAGACUGCACAGCUUUAUCAAAUGGGUUUUGGGAGACGGUAGCAGCAUUCGCUUCUGGAUUGAUCCUUGAAAGGUUCAAAGCUUGCUGGGUUAAGGACCGGAUUCCUGCUUUGGGUGAGGAUCUUAACCGGAAAUGGUGCUGGAUGAGUUCUCCGGGUGAAUUGUCGGAGCUGGAAGACUAUGUGGCAGCGCUAAAUGGAGUUGUUGUUUCGCUUGUGAAGGAUAGGUGGUUAUGGUCGCCAGACGUCUCGGGUAAGUUUUCUACGAAUUCGUUUAAGACUUUGGCUGCGGAGGUUAUUAAUGAGGAGGCAAGAUAUACGGUUAAAGGAUAUGGAUGGGUGUCGUCUAAGUGUAAGAUUUUUAUUUGGAGGUCGGUGCACGAUCAUAUCCCGACUAGACAAGCGCUUGAAAAGAGGAAUAUCAUGCUCGAUUCGGUUUUAUGUGUUCUUUGCGGGGAAGGGGUCGAAACUGUGGACCAUUAUUUGUUUACGGACUGCAACAUUUCGAUGAGGGUUUGGAAUCGGCUAAGCGAGUGGGUCAAACUUCCUCCUAUUUUCGCCUUUUUGUUUAUGGAUCUCCUUGAUGUCCAUAAAGGGGUUGGCGGGGAUAGUAAAGCUAAGGAGAUUGUCCGUGGUCUUGUUGUUGUGACUUGUUGGGCCAUUUGGAAAGCUAGGAACACAAAGGUUUUCUCAAACGGAAGAGAUGAUAGUGAUGAUAUCUUUGGGGAUGUGAGGUCUCUAGACCGACAGUUGUUUGGUGAGUUUUUAAACCAGUCAAAGUUAUACACAAUAAAUUUGGCGCCGCCCAAUCUAUGA